ACUGCGGAACUUUAGAAAGAAUCGGUUUAGACGGGAAUCAUUUAAGGUCGGAAUAAAAAGCAUUAAAAAAGGUUGCCCUUUCGGCUCUUGCUUUAUCCCUGUUCCCUGCAUAGUGGAGUAGCACUACCAGUCACCCACACCAUUGGCUUCCUUGCUGCUUGCAACCGACUUUCCAAUGGCAAUCCCAACUAUUGUGCUCAUCCCGUUCUGCGUCACCGGCCACCUAACGUCCAUGGUCGAAGCCGGCAAGCGGUUGCUCAGCAGUAGCAGCCGCCCCUUGUCCCUGACCAUGCUCGUGACGCCUAUGUCGAUGGACAAACUGACAUCCGAGCUUGCCGACAUCAUACGCAGGGAAACAGAGUCCGGCUUCGAGAUCCGCUUCCACCACCUCCCGGCCGUGGAGCUCCCCCAGGACUUCCACGGAGCCGAGGACUUCAUCUCCCGCUUCGUCCAGCUCCACGCGCCCGGAGCAAAAGCGGCCAUCUCCGGCCUCGCAUCCCCUGUCUCCGCCGUCGUGAUGGACUAUUUCUGCACGACGCUGUUCGACGUCACCCGCGAGCUCGGCCUGCCGGCCUAUGUCUACUUCACGUCCGCGGCCUCCAUGCUCGCGCUCAUGCUACGGUUGCCGUCGCUCGAUAAGGAGGUGGCCGUGGGCUUCGAGGAGUUGGAUGGCCCAGUGAACGUCCCCGGGAUGCCGCCGGUGCCCGCGGCUUCGAUGCCGAAGCCCAUGAUGAAGAAAGACGCGAACUACGCGUGGUUCGUGUACCACGGCAACCGCUUCAUGGACGCCGCGGGCAUCAUCGUCAACACGGUGGCGGGGCUCGAGCCGGCCAUCCUCGAGGCGAUCGAAGGCGGCAGGUGCGUCCCGGGAGAACGCCGCGUGCCAACGGUGUACCCAAUCGGGCCGGUCAUGUCGUUCAAGAAGCCGACAGCCAAGGAGCCGCCGCACGAGUGCGUCCGGUGGCUCGAGGCGCAGCCGCGUGCCUCUGUCGUGCUGCUCUGCUUCGGGAGCAUGGGUACUUUCGCGCCGCCGCAGGUGCUGGAGAUAGCCGAAGCCCUGGAUCGAAGUGGGCACCGGUUCCUGUGGGUUCUCCGCGGCCCGCCGCCCGGCAAUUCGCCGUACCCGACGGACGCGAACUUGGGGGAGCUGCUGCCGGAGGGGUUCCUGGAGAGGACCAAGGAGAAGGGCCUCGUGUGGCCGAAAUGGGCGCCGCAGCAGGAGAUACUCGCCCACCCCGCCGUGGGGGGGUUCGUGACCCACUGCGGGUGGAACUCGACCCUGGAGAGCCUGUGGCACGGCGUGCCGCUGGUGCCGUGGCCGCUGUACGCGGAGCAGCACCUCAACGCGUUCGAGCUCGUGUCCGUCAUGGGCGUGGCCGUGGCCAUGGCGGUGGACACGAAGCGGGACAACUUCGUCGAGGCCACGGAGCUGGAGCGCGCGUUGCGGAGCCUUAUGGAUGACGGGUCCGAGGAGGGGAGCAAGGCGAGGGAGAAGGCCAUGGAGGCGCAGGCUCUGUGCCGGAGUGCCGUGGAGGAGGGCGGGUCUUCGUACACCGCGUGGCACAAGCUCGCCCGAGAGGUGUCACGGGACUGAGGAAUGUGGGAGACCGGUGCGCUAGUAUUUUACGGGGCAAGAAGUUGUAAAUGUCGGACAUCAUCAAGUAGUGUACUCGUGAGUAUAUCAUUUGGCAAAGAUAAUCAUGUCUUUCUUGAGUUUCACCAUGACUUAAUUUUGGUUAAGGACCAAAGUUCUACUUCAAGGCACUAGAGAGCAUUUAUCCUCUCUCAUCGUCCAAGUAUCUUCCUCUCAAGAAGUCCAGAAGCAUGGGUUGGUGCGGUCAAAUCAACUUUGGCUAAAUGGGAUAGCCGGCUGGGUCAUCCCUCUUUGGUCAUCACUCAGAAAAUUCUUAGUCAUGUUAAGUUGAUAGUGAGUUGGUGUGUGUAACGCUUUUCAAAAAGCAAAAAGUCACCAAUUACCUUAUUCUAGAUUUGUAGUGAACUUGUGUUUUCAAAUGCGUGGGUUCCUGCCCCUAAUUUAGUAGGUCGACAUAAGUAAUAUGUAGAUCUCCAUCGAUUACUGUAAUAAUGUGGAUUAGAGAAUUUCGUUGCAAUAAUGAAACAU